AUUGAAAACGUCAAUACGUGCAGGCCUUGCAGUGAUUUUAGCGAAUGUUCAAUUUUCAUCGUUACUCUCGAUGACAUAACGUCGUUUUUUCCCUUGUUAGAUCUUGACUGUGCCUUUGAAAAUUUCGAACGGACAGUCGGAAAUUUUGCUGAUGUUGGCUCCACCGAAAAUGCUAUUUAAAGCACAUGGAUUUGAUGUAUGAACGGCGAGGGUUUAUCAUUGCUGCACAAGACCAGUGUAUCAAGACCAACUACUAUAGGAAUAAGAUCUUAAAAGAUGGAACAGACCCAAUGUGUAGGAUAUGUGGCAAAAACCAAGAAACUAUAGACCUUGUUUCUGGCUGCUCAGAAUUGUCCAAAACAGAGUAUAUUCAUAGGCAUAACAAAGCAGCAGCAUACCUCCACUGGGCAAUUUGUAAGCACUAUAAUAUUGAAGUCAAAGAUAAGUAUUAUGAACAUGAACCAUCAACUGUAGAAGACAAUGAAGAAGCUACUAUAAUGUGGGAUAUGCCAAUACAAACUGACAGGGAAAUAAAGGCCAAUAGACCCGAUAUAGUNGUGAAGAAUAAGAAAGAGAAAACCUGCUUGCUUAUUGAUAUGUCUAUUCCAACUGAGAGAAACACCUCCGUAAAAACAUCAGAAAAAUUAUCCAAAUACAAAGAUCUUGAAAUAGAAAUUCAAAGAAUGUGGGGUAUGAAGACCACAACAAUACCUGUGGUAAUAGGUGCUCUCGGUCUAAUCAAGAAAGGGAUGGAAAAAUAUGUCAAGAAGAUCCCAGGUAACAUCAGGGUACAGGAAAUACAGAAGGUUGCUCUCCUUGGCCCUGCUCAUAUACUAAGGAGGGCACUGUCAAUCAAAUAAACCAUACACMCCCUCAUAGAUGCCCCAAGUCCAGGGCCUUGGACUCGGCAUCAUGAGUGCAUAGAGCAGAAAAAUUAAG